AUGAGGCACCUUCCUGUGAUGUCCUCCUCCCCAUUAGAUGCUACCGAAGGGAUGAUGUACCUGAGAGGUCUUUUAACUGCUGUGAAGAUCAACGCCAAGGGCCGGGAGGCAAUCUACUUGGCCAAGGGCGAGUCGAUCAAGCUUGGCUGCCCCUUCGAGUUAGAACCACAAGACCAUGGACCCAACAGCCUGGACAUUGAAUGGACACAGAUGAACUCUGACCCCACCAACCUGGACAGCGUGAUCCUGAGCUACCACGAUCGCCAAGUGAUCAACCCUGGAUACCAUUACUUGCAACAGAGAGGGGAGCGGGUGACCUUUGCCAUCCCAGAUCCGAGCCAGUACGAUGCCUCCAUCAACCUGCAGGAUGUUCAGAUUUCUGACUCGGCGACUUACGAGUGCAAGGUGAAGAAGAGCACAGUGGCCACUCGCAAGGUGACCAUCACAGUGCUAGAGAGACCGUCCCUCCCUCAAUGCUCGGUUGUCGGCAAGGUAGCCAUGGGUCACGAAGUCGUCCUGCGCUGCGCCUCAAACAUCGGCACCUCCCCACUCAUGUACCGGUGGGCCAAAGUCGCAGACCGCCCCAUUGGGAACUGGCUGCCCCCGACCACCGCAAAAGAUGCCAGUCGAGUGAGCCUCAUUGUGGGAGCGGUCCUUGGCUCACUGCUCUUUCUGCUUCUCCUCCUGUGUCUCAUCGUGGGGCUGAUUUACUGCUGCAGGAAGAGGCGCUGCAAGGAAGAGGCCAGCCAGAUCAGGGUCGACACAGCUCCCCCACGGGCAAGAGGCGGAAGCCGAAACGGCAGCCUACGAUCCGUCCUGGACUACAUGCCCCACAACAUCGGCUUCCUGCAGCGCUGCAAGUAUGCCCCUCCCAAGGAGCAGGAAGGCAUGGAGAUGCUCUCCCCAUCCCAAGAUGCAGAUCCCGUGGGUGCCAGCAGUGUGGGGAGCGAGGCCCCCAGUGGGGGAUGCACCUCUGCAGUCACGACAAAGGCCAGGGUUCACUACGCUUCCUCUGCGCCCUCCGCAAGACAGACAACUUCCCCGCAAGCUCCCAUUUGCCAAAAUACCGGAGGAAGCAGCUCCUCUGCGGCUGACCACAACACAGGCAAGGGGAGGCGAGCCCAUCCUGGGCAAUACGGAGGCGUCCCUGUCAUGGUGCCGGCCAAGAGCAGAGAAGGCCUUUUAGUAUAA